CAGUAUUCAAUUACAGUCCAACUUAUGAAAUUGCCAUUCGUUAACUGGCAUUCAUUCGAACUGUAACUGAUUAAUAAAACAAUGUUGCGCGUAUUUUUAUUAUUAAUUACAAUAACUGCGUCAUCCGCAGCCAUUGUGAAAUGGAUGCCAAAUAAAAGUUUCAGUUUGGCAAUCAACUUUAGAGAUCGGAAGUUGCCUUGUUCGAGACAAAAUGUGGUGUUUCCAGAAAGUGUGGCUGAGGCAGUGAUUAUCCAAGCAGAUGUAGCUAUGAAAGAAAUUGUGUUACCAGCUACUGGAGAUAUUAUUUUCGAAGAUGGAAUAACUAGUUUUGGCAUAGAUGAGAAUGACAAUUGCACUGAAGAAGGAAACGCUUAUUAUUCGCCAAGGUCGAAGUCAUCAUGGGUGCAACCAGAUGUGUGGAGCUCGACGAAGUUCAAUGAAGCGACACCAGACGCUGAAAGAAUUCCUUGUUACGACGACGAAGUAGUUUUCCCUUCAGACUCACAAUUCACUGUACUUCUCCCACUUGCAUCCCAGCAUAUCCGAAGGUUAAAGAUUUUUGGCCAGUAUUACGAUAAUGCUCUCUUCAGAAGUCUAGCAAGGUCCCAGGAUUCUGGGGAGGGAUCAUCACAGCAGUUUAUAUUGAACGACUUGUAUGGAACAGGAGUCAUAGUGGAAGAUAAAGGAUGUACUUCUCCCACUGGUUGCCCUUGUCAAAACGCAAUGAUGAAAAUGGACUGCUCUGCCAAGUUCUGUCCUGUUCCGAAAUGCUUGGACCCUGUACAACCAAUUGGUCACUGCUGUAAAAUUUGCGGAGGAUAUUUUAUUUUUAACAUCGGCGAAAGGUUCGACAUGUUGUCGUUUGAAGAAAACGUUGCGACAGUGAUAAACUCUUAUGGGAAAGACGAGCUUGUCUACCACGUGGGUAUACUUCCAAAUAACAAAGUGCAAGUUGUUGUUGUUGAGAAGGGAGAGUAUUCUGGGUCAAGUGCUGAAGCCGUUUCUGAUUUAGAUUAUAAGUUCAGUAGUCGUUUAUUGAAAGGCGAGGCGUUAUAUAGUGGGGCUCCGUUGUCGAAAGCUGGGAUGGGGGGAAAGAUCGCCGUAUCCAUGUUUUUCGUGGUGGUCUUGGUAAUGGGUGCUAUAUACGCCUAUUAUUAUAAGAUGCCUCAGUUGCCAGAGUUUAGGUAUCCUGGUGGGGUGCGUAGCAGGGGGGUGCUGACAAGGUUCCAAAGAAGGACGGAUAGCGUGGUGUCGUUGACUUCUAGAAGGGAUUCCACGGCCACGCUGAGGUCUGGCCUCGGUACUGCAUUUAGGAACCCUCUGUAUGACUCCAAAAGAGGUCGAGUGGAGGUCACUGAGUCAGUGGCUGAAGAAGAGAGAGAAUAAUCGCAUGGUUUGGUUAAGAUACAGAAAUAGGUAUUUUGAUAAAAAUUGUUCUUGUUCACCCAGCGCUGGGUGAAUACAGGCAGUAGAUAGAUAAACAAUUACUUAAUUUUUUUAAGCAAAAAUUGUAUAGAAUUUAGUUGUUUAUUUUGUCGAGAAUAUUGACACAAAACUCAUGAGUUACGGGCUGAAACUUAUUUUAAUAUAUACUAAUGUAAUGUAAUGCACUAGAGCAGCGUGGUGGAGUAUGCUCCGUAGUCCCUUUGGUUGAUUGAUGGGAGGCCUGUGCCCACCAGUGGGACGGAUAUAGGCUAUUUAUGUUAUGUUAUACAGUACUAUUAUUUCAAAUAAAUACAGUUUAUUAUUUCUUCUUCGUUUCUUUAGGUUCUUUUCUUUUCCUCUCGCGUGGAUAGUGAAAUCAAUGACUGGCCUCAUCCAAUUCGAUGCCAGGACUACUAUAGAGCCGCCAAAGGCCCCUAACAUGCCUCAUUAACUCAGAAUAAUGAGCUGAAUCAUCACACGAUGUCACUUAUGCGCACUUGUAUAGCUACCUGUACAUCAUUUACGGGGUGUAAGUGACAUUGGUAACAAAUACCUACUGUGAGGGAUGAUUCAGCUCAGUAUUCUGAGUUAAUAUCAAGUGGAAUUGAAUAUAAUAAUAAAAAAAAAAACAUUGAAAACAUGAAUUUUGCGACAGAAAAUUGCACUUGAUAUUAACUCAGAAUCAUGGUCUGAAUCAUCCCUCAGUAUUCGGUACGAUGUCUCUUACACCCUGAAAACUCAUUUAAGUAAAUAGUAGCCGGACCUUUACGUGUUAAUUGAGAGAUUGCUUUACAUGUCCUCC